UCCAAAUGAGCCGUGUAGUUUUAGGGGGAGGAAGAAUAGGAGGGUCUUCUCAUCCAAAUCAGACGCCCUUUCCCCUCUCUCACUCUCACUCCUCCACUCUCUCUCCAAUUCAAUUGCUUAAGCCCUUCUUCCCAACGCUCUCUUUCCAUCGACCCGUUUCCUCUUUUCCUCCCAAAAAUCUCACUAUCUCAGAACGGAAUAGUAGUGUGUUGAGGGCACAAAAUAUUGAUUAUAAGAGUGAGAAGCAGCGGAGUUUGGAAUCUAUGGAUUCUAAGAAAGACUCUACGGAAUUAAAUAGAGAGCUCUACCUAGAUAUAGAGCCAUAUAGUACUGGUUUCCUGAAGGUUUCAGAUCUUCAUACUAUAUACUGGGAGCAGUCAGGGAAUCCCAACGGGCAUCCAGUUGUUUUUCUCCAUGGAGGCCCAGGAGGUGGAACUUCACCAAAUAAUCGAAAAUUUUUUGACCCUGCAUUUUAUCGGAUUAUUCUAUUUGAUCAGCGAGGUGCAGGAAAAAGCACACCCCAUGCUUGUUUAGUAGAGAAUACCACCUGGGACCUGGUGAAUGACAUUGAAAAGCUCAGAGAGCACUUACAAAUUCCAGAAUGGCAGGUAUUUGGGGGUUCAUGGGGGAGUACGCUUGCUCUUGCAUAUAGCCAGUCACACCCUGAAAAGGUCACUGGCUUGGUCCUACGGGGGAUAUUUUUGUUGCGCAAGAAAGAAAUUGAUUGGUUCUACGAGGGUGGUGCUGCUGCUAUAUUCCCUGAUGCUUGGGAAUCCUUCAGAGAUCUUAUCCCGGAUAAUGAAAGGGGGUGCUUUAUCGAGGCCUAUCACAAAAGACUAAACUCUGAUGAUAAGGAUAUACAAAAUGCAGCGGCCAAGGCAUGGACCAAAUGGGAAAUGAUGACUGCACAUCUUCACCCAAAUGAAGAGAACAUAAAGAAAGGGGAUGAUGAUAUGUUCUCUUUGGCAUUUGCAAGGAUUGAGAAUCACUACUUCGUGAAUAAGGGCUUCUUUCCUACGGACUCAUUCCUGCUAGAUAACGUUGAAAAGAUAAAGCAUAUUAACACAGUUAUUGUUCAGGGAAGAUACGAUGUUUGUUGUCCCAUGAUGUCAGCAUGGGAUCUUCAUAGAGCUUGGCCAGAGGCAGAAUUAAUUGUCGUUCCAGACGCAGGGCAUUCUGCUAAUGAACCGGGGAUUGCUGCAGAACUUGUCGCAGCAAACGAGAAAUUGAAAAGCAUCAUCAAGGGAAAUGCAUGCUGAAUGGCUGGCUGCACUGCUGGUCGUUGAAUCGUGGAAAUGUGUUGAGAUGCGGCCCUCUUUAACCAAUGUGGUUUCCAACUAUUCAAACUUCGUACCCUGAUCUUUUUUAUGUAUGUUAAUCUUGGUAAUGCAGCAUUCUACCCACUCGGGUUACUAAACGAAAAUAAUUAUUACAGGAAUAAGAAGCCCAUAUAUUAUUAUUAUUUCAAAUAAUCACUUUUUGUUUUCCCUUUCA